CUUGGACUUAGGAGAGUAUCCUAAGGUCUGUAAAAGUUAGCCUUUACUUCACUUAUUGAGAUGAAGAGACAGAGAUCCUGUACAAACUGGGAGCUCAUGGAGAGCAACACCGAGGACAACACAGACAACAGUGAACCUGAUGAGCCGACCUCUCUGAGGCGGACUUGGUCCCUGACACACACCAUGAAUUACGUCGGGCAGCUGGCUGGUCAAGUUCUCGUAACAGUCAAAGAGCUGUAUAAGGGCAUCAAUCAGGCCACGCUUUCAGGCUGUAUUGACGUUGUGGUUGUCCGCCAGAGAGAUGGAACCUACCAGUGUUCACCGUUCCACGUGCGCUUUGGCAAGCUUGGUGUCCUGCGCUCUAAAGAGAAAGUAAUUGACAUUGAAGUGAAUGGAGAUCCUGUAGAUCUGCAUAUGAAGCUUGGUGACAAUGGAGAGGCCUUUUUUGUCCAGGAAGCUGAGGAGGAGAAUCAGAUUGUUCCUGCUCACCUGGCUACCUCCCCAAUACCCACUGAGAGUCACCUAUUCUGGAUCUCAGAGGUUGAGAACAGGGCACCUAAAGACCCAAAGGAUGAUCCUUUAGACCAGGAAGACCCACCCGAGCCUCCUGCUCCCAGUGCCACUGCCACAAAAAAGAAGAAAAGAAGAAGAAAGAAGCACAAAGGUGACCCCCGCAGAGAGGAGCUCACCCCACCAGUAUCGGUCUCUUCUGGUAAUUCUGUUGCUGCUAUUGGUGGUGCCGUGUCAGGCACUGGGCAAAAUGACGAGAUUUUUGAGAUGGACCUCAGCUCUGAUGAAGAAUCGGCUCCACAUGUAUCAAGGUCUCCUUCAACCUCGACAAUCAGGGACAUUGACCCUAAACUGCCUACAACAAGACAUAAUUUGGAAGGUUAUCCGUUGUCUGAUGGUGAAUGGCCUUUAGGCGAUGGUCAUGGCUUGUCUCAGGCCUUUUCCCCAAAGAGUGAUUCAGAGCUGGUGAUGAAGUCUUCAGAAAGUUUGCUCAGGGAUGAGUCCCACAUGCAGUGGACCUGGGGAGAGUUUCCAGAAACAACCAGGGUCACAAAGAAGGAAAAGCCUGAACCACUAAAGACAGUAACCAUCACCCCAUCGGAAAACACCCACUUUCGUGUGAUCCUGAGCUCUGAGGCCAUGGAGGAUGAAACAGAGCCUGGAAAGGAAGAUGGAGCCUCAUCAGUCUGUGCCAUAGUCAAGCCUGAGCCACGUUCCCCUGUCACCCCCGUAACAAAUCAUAGUCUAUCUUCUACAAGCUCCGUACAGUCUAUGGGUCCUUUGACUCCCACAGAGCCUCCUGAAGUCCUUCCAUCCAGUGUGACCACAUCCACCCCUUCAAACAGUCAGCAGACUGAUUCACCCUCUAAGAAGAAAGGAGUCCCAAAGAGGAGUCAGCAUCAGGGUCCAGAGGAUAUCUACUUAGAUGACCUAAAUGUACUGGAACCCGAUGUGGCUGCAAGAUAUUUUCCUAAGAGUGAGUCCGAGGCAACAACAAAGCAGUGGAUUGACUCUGAGAUUCGCUCAGGUUCCCAGUCUCCACAGUCUGUGGGUAGUGCAGCUGCUGACAGCGGGACGGAAUGUCUCUCUGACUCGGCCAGUGACCUCCCUGAUGUCACUCUUUCUCUGUGUGGAGGUCUCACCGAAAAUGCAGAAAUAUCCAAAGAAAGAUUUAUGGAACAUAUCAUCACAUAUCAUGAGUUUGCUGAAAAUCCAGCAAUAAUAGACAACCCCAACUUGGUAGUAAAGAUAGGAAAUAGAUAUUAUAACUGGACACUAGCUGCACCCCUGAUUUUAAGCCUACAGGCAUUUCAGAAGAAUUUACCAAAGGCUACAGAGGAGGCCUGGAUGAAGGAGAAAAUGCCAAAGAAGUCGGGUCGUUGGUGGUUCUGGCGAAAAAGAUCAGAUAGUACAGUUAAACAGUCUGAGACAAAGCUGGAAACCAAGGAGGAGUUUCAGUCAGAAGAUGGAGAACCCUCUAAUUCUCAGGAGAACUUGGAUUUACCCCCCAAAGCAGGAGAAACAUCCAGUGAUGAAGAAUCUAAGGAGGUCAGCGCUGUGUCUUGCCAAGAGAGGCUGCAGCCAGGAGAAGGACACCAUUCCACUACACACACUUACAGGAAGUCACUGCGUCUUUCCUCAGAUCAGAUAGCUAGUCUUAAACUAAAGGAGGGGCCAAAUGAUGUGACAUUUAGCAUUACCACCCAGUACCAGGGGACCUGCCGCUGUGAAGGGACCAUCUACCUGUGGAACUGGGAUGACAAAGUCAUCAUCUCUGACAUUGAUGGUACCAUCACCAAAUCAGAUGUGUUUGGACAGAUUCUCCCACAGUUGGGGAAAGACUGGACCCAUCAGGGCAUUGCCAAGCUGUACCACUCUGUGGCCGAGAAUGGCUAUAAAUUCUUGUACUGCUCAGCUCGGGCUAUUGGCAUGGCGGACAUGACGAGAGGCUACCUGCAGUGGGUCAAUGACGGAGGCACCAUCCUACCACGGGGGCCUCUAAUGCUGUCUCCCAGUAGCCUAUUCUCUGCCUUCCACAGAGAGGUCAUUGAGAAAAAACCAGAGAUCUUCAAGAUUGAAUGCCUUACGGACAUCAAAAACCUGUUCCAGAAUAACAAGCAGCCUUUCUACGCCGCCUUUGGGAAUCGAGCUAAUGAUGCGUUUGCCUAUAAAGAGGUUGGAGUCCCACUGUGCAGGAUUUUCACCGUUAACCCCAAAGGGGAGCUGAUCCAGGAGCAGACAAAGGGAAACAAGUCAUCCUAUGGCAGACUUAGCGAGCUGGUAGAGCACGUGUUCCCUCUGCUGAGUAAAGAGCAGGCCGAAGCCUUUUUGAUGCCCGAAUUCAGCUCCUUCUGUUAUUGGAGACAGCCACUGCCAGAAAUCAACCCUGAUGAACUGCUCUAAUGCUGCACAGAUGCUCACCCAGCCAUCCAUCUACCUGGGUCAGGACUGUGCGCAGCUCUUUAACACAUGUGGACUGGAUAGAAUAGCACUUAGACACACACACAGCUCGAUAAUUACUUUACCAGAGGGACAGGUUUAAGAGUAAAGUAAGACAUAACUUGAAAAAAUGUAUUUAUUUUAACAUCAGCUAAAGCUUCACAGACUAGUCACCUACUAAUGCCAAGUAGCUCUACUCCAGGACCAGUCUGUAGUUGAGCUCACUGUGCAGAGAUAGGAGAUUAAAUUCAAUAAUUUUAUCAAAGAAAAUAAUUUUGGUGACACAAAAUUCACCUGAUUUACUUUCCUUUUCAUUUGACACAUUUCCUGUUAACUAUAACUUGAGGGAAGAGUUUGGCACCAAGCCAGAGUAGUGAGACCUCUGUUGAAUAAGGAAAGUUAGCUAGCAGAUAUCAGAUUGCACCAAACGUGAGAUGCUCUCACUUAUUUUGCAGGAGCUUACUGUAGCAAAGCUGCUUGAGGUUUAGUUUUUUCUUGUCACUCUUUACUUGCAUAGCACAUUUUAUUGGCUUGUAAAGGUCAUGAACUAAGCACAUGUUGAGUUAUGUUUGGUAUUUUUUAAUCACAUAAAAACUCUGAAUAUGCCAAGAAUGUAUGGAUCCACACUUAGCUGGGAUUUAAUGAAGCAGCUUAAUGGUAUAUUGUCCAGCAAAGAUGUUUGUUCUUUGCAAAUCAGAUGUGUUCGGUUGUCAACAUAGUCAUUAUUUAAGAUUAAUAUAUUAUUUUAUUGAUUUCUGUUGUAACUCUGUUGCUUGUCAGGAAAAAACAAAAAACAAUUUAUAUUCAAUGUAAUAAAUACUUAAAAAGGUAUUUUGUGUGGUUGGCCACAGAUUGUUAUGCGCUUAAGCAGAGCCUCUCGGCUUUGUCUAUUUCUCUUCAGUCGCCUCUCCCACAGCAGGCUGUUUAGUUUGUUUUAUGGUGAAGCUAUCAAUAUGUAAGGUGCGUAUAGAUUCCCAGAAAACCUCAGAAUAUGUCAACAUUAGAGCUGACACUCAUGUUUCAUCAGCGAAGAUUGUCCGAUCUUAAAGCAGCUAAAGUUUAAGGAUUUCCUUUUGAAAACCCUUCCCUGAGAGAUUCUAGGAUGGUGUUUGGUAUGAGUGUGUAUGUAUGUGCACACACAAAUCACUGAGUGCUGCUGUUGGGGGUGGCUGUACCCCUUCUUUUUUUCCUCCCUCAGUGGUUUUACUCAGACUUGUUCAUUGCACUUUGUCUAAGCUGUAGACUUUUACUUGCCUCUAACCAACAUGCACUUCACUCACAAUCUAAAUAGGAAGUAGUCUACGCCAUUAUGACACAUAAUAAGUAAAGUUUUAUCUUCAGCAUCUGUGAUUUUUAUCUGGAAUAGAAUGAUCUAAAGAAGUGUUUAAUAGUGGCUGCUUUGUGUUUUGCAGGUUGGAAGUAAGAGUAAAAAACUAAAUCUUACAAAAAUAUUUGGGGGGGUAACAUCCCCACCACCUUGUAGUUGUUUGUGUGCGUAUUUAUGCAUCUGUAUGACCGACGAGAUUAACUGUUUUUGUUCCUGUCAUUAACAGAGGACGAGAAAUCCUUUCUAGUUUGGACAUAAACAGGAAAUACUUGACUGUCCAGGAAGCUUUUAGAAGCCCUUCUUUGGCAUUAUGUGUAAUUUAGAAGAUCAUGAUUUAAUGACCAGGAUGACAUCUUUCUCCAGAGUAAAACUUUAAAUGCUCAUAAGGAAACUGAACAAACAGAACCAGUUAUCGGGAAUGAAAAAAAAGCACAACUUAAGAGAGUGAUGGCUACAUCUGGUUUCUCUUAGUUCUUUAAUAUUGCUCUGAUGUUUUGUGGUUAACAGUGAGUGUUUUUUUUAUUCCUCAGCUUCUUCUCUACAAAGUUCAAAGUUAGAUAUGUUUAUCUUAGAAUUAACAAAAACAAUUUCAUUCUUUCUAUGAAAGUAAAACAUAUUGUGUGAAAGAAUCACACUUCAUCCUCUGAUUCCAGGAUAUAAAGUAUAAAUUGUUUGUUCUUACUGCUGUGAAAAAGGAUCCGGUAUAUAUGCUGAUAAUCACAUCUUUGUGUCUCGUUGCCUUGUUCUUCAUGGUAUUUCUUACAAAAGUAUAUCAUUUGUGUUUUUUUUGGAUGUAAUGCUUGAUAUUUGAUUGUUUCUGAUUAAUAUAAAUUAUGUUAUGCUGUUUGAUUUAUAUAGAAAUGUGGUUAAAAGUAUGUAUGAAGAAACAAAUCUGUGGUAAGAAGAUGAAUACAGGCUUAACGAGACUAGCAAUAUGUGGCUUGUCCCAUUUGGAAUAAAUAUCUAACAAAUC